AUUCAGCUCCCAUCAACGCGCGCGCGCGCAGCAGCAGCAAGAUUGGAAAGGACAGAGAGCGAAGAGCUGCGGGAAAAGAGUAGAACUCCGCAGGCCUUCACCGCCUAGCUCUUCCUCCGCUGUAGUCUGUUGUUCCUCGCCCUCUUCUCAACUGGCUUUACAUCUCUUCAAAACAGGAAAUCAUGGUUGAUGAUGAGACUGUUGGAUCCAAAUUUACACAUUUGGAUUUCUUUUGUGAUAUGGAGGAAUGGGACUCUUACUAUCAAAAUAAAAACUUAGGCUCCCCUCCAUAUGAUUGGUAUGUAUCGUGGAAGCAAAUAAAACUUGCGCUCGUGCCUAUUUUGGAGGGGCUCUGCAACGAAAUCAAAAAAGAAGAUCUUAGGAUAUUGAUACCAGGUUGCGGUGAUUCCGGACUAAGCAAAAAAUUGUAUGAUGCUGGCUUCACAAGCAUCACAAGUGUAGAUUAUUCUACACCAUUGAUGCAUUUGAUGAAGAAACGAUACAAUUUGGAUGGGAUGCAAUGGAUCAAUAAGGAUUUUGUUUUAUCACGUCUUGAGGUUAUUUUUUUUAUUUUUCAUGUAUUUGUAUAGUCCCUGGAUGUGUGGUCCGUUCACAACCGAGAACCGAAGCUUGAUUGCAUCCCACAGAUCGGAAGAUAAUUCCCCGAGUGAUAUUGAGGAUCGUAACGAGGGCUCAAUUGUAUUACGAAUCCAAGAUACCAACAGGGAGUGAUUGGUCCACCAAUCAUCUAGGUCGUCGGAAUAUAUCAGGAAAAGAAAUAUAUCAGGAAUAGAAAACAGAAUAUGCUUAAUUAUAUUUAUUCCUAAUUCCUAACAGAUAUGUUGAUAGUUGAUGUAUCCACAUUAAUCUUGAUCCAACGGGCAACUGAUGUUGACCAUCUGAUGAUCUUGACUUUGUGCUUGAUGUUGAAAUGAUAGAAACCCUGCAAAUAGAAAAGAGUAUGCUUUCUGCAAAUUUAGUGUUACUAAGUGUGAUAUACCAGGUGAAGAUAUCCUUAUUAAUGGAGUGAGGAAUCAUGUUCUGAUAUGGAUUAUGGUUUUCAUUGAGAGAGCUGCUGUAGGAUUUUCAGAUAUUCCAGGUGAUGAUGCCAGGUAUAAAUAGUAGUGUUCAUU